AUGACAUCUCAACGUGUCGUUCCUUCUGAACGUGAGGUCGCUGAGCUUCGGAGGGUAGAGGGUCAGACAGCCGAUCUCAUCCGCCAGGCGCAAGAGAGCGAUGAAGCCGAUCGCAAGUUGACCAUCCGUCAGGCCGUGAAGAAAUACAAAAAAGCAGUCUUCUGGGCCUUAUUUCUGUCUACUAGUUUGGUCAUGGAGGGGUAUGACCUGGUGAUAAUCACUUCAUUCUACGGCCAAACCCAGUUCAAGGAGCGUUUCGGCGUCUACGACCCAGCUUCAGACCAGAAGCUGAUUCCAGCUGCAUGGCAGUCCGGUAUAUCGAACUCGGCUCUGGUCGGCCAACUAGCUGGUCUUGUUGUCAACAGCAUCUGCCAGGACCGGUUCGGCUGCCGUCGAACAAUGAUGGUCUUCAUGGUGUGGAUGGCUGUCGCCAUAUUCGUUCCUGUCUUUGCGCCAUCUCUUCCAGUGCUCGCUUUUGGAGAGGCAUUUUGCGGUAUACCCUGGGGCGUAUUUCAGACGCUGUCAACCACAUAUGCUUCCGAAGUAGUGCCAACAGUUCUCAGACCAUAUGUCACCGCGUAUGUCUGUAUGUGCUGGGGCGCCGGCAUCCUUCUCUCCUCUGGCGUUGUUAGGGCUGUAGCAGGACUCCAGGGCGAAUUGGGCUGGCGGCUCCCAUUCAUGUUGCAAUGGGUCUGGCCCCUUCCACUUUUCAUCGGCGCAUACUUUGCUCCAGAAUCCCCUUGGAACUCGGUGCGUCGGGAUAAGAUCGACGAGGCAAGGACAAACUUGAUGCGGCUAUACCAGGAUAUGCCGGAGCGAGAGCAUCAAGUGGAACAAACCUUGGCCUAUAUCAAAUACACGACAGAGAUGGAGAAAGCCGAGACUGCCAACGCUAGCUUUCUCGAAUGCUUCAAGGGGACCAACCUGCGGCGAACUGAGAUUAAUUGUGUUGUUUGGGCAGCCCAAAUUCUCUGCGGAAACGCGAUCCUUGGAUACUCAGUCGUGUUUCUCCAGGCCGCGGGCUUCAGCGAACUGCAAGCAUUCAACAUCAACAUUUCGUUAUCGGCCUGUUACAUUGUCGGCGGCAUCAUUUGUUGGUUCCUCUUCCCCCACGUCGGGAGGGCGACAAUCUACAUGAGCGGGCUGACCUUCAUGUUCUUCUGCCUGGUCACCAUCGGAGGACUAGCUUGGGGUCCAGGGAAAGACGCCCAGCUUGCCAUCGGUAUCCUCCUUGUCAUUUCCACGUUAUGCAACAUGAUUGCCAUUGGGCCGACAUGCUACCCCAUUGUCGCAGAGACACCGUCCGGAAGGCUGAGAUACAAGACAAUCACCAUUGGUCGGUUUGUUUAUAACCUAACCAGCAUAUUCACCAACUCUGUCACGCCUCGCAUGCUCUCCUCCACAUCCUGGAAUUGGGGAGCCAAGGCCGCCUUCUUCUACGCAGGGACCAACCUGCUUUGCAACAUCUGGUGCUGGUUUCGGCUUCCUGAGACGAAAGAUCGGACGUUUGGUGAAAUCGAUCUGCUUUUUACCCAUCGUGUUCCGGCGAGGAAGUUCAAGUCUACUCAUGUCAACCAAUUCGCCCAUGGCGGCGACUAUGUGUCGAAGCAAGAGGUCGAACACAAGGAGAACGUGGAAUAG